CACAGCUUUCGGACUCGCGCUUCGCUGCAAGGUAGUAUCUCUCGCUGCCUGAGCUGGGCUUCACUUCAAUUCGACUGCGCGCGGAUAUUUGUGUGACAAUUGAGCCUGCCAGCCCACCGGCAGUAACUAGUGGAGCUUGCCACCACGGCCGACGCCCCAGCAUGCGAAGCUGAUGCUGCAAUCGCCCGACGUGUCCCUUGAAGCCACAGGCACUUCGGCCCCGCCCUCUGGUGGAAAUUCUCCAGAAAAUCCCGCUCUAUCGUACCAUGUCCAGAUCCUCUGCAGCUUCGGUCACUCCUUCCCCGCAGCCUUCUCUACAGAGAGAUCCCGAGCCUGCCUGGGAAAGCACCCCCAUCACGUCGGCCCGGUCGCUCAGGCAGCUUUCCAUAUUCUUCCUCGGAGCAACUUGUCUCGCGGUUUCAACAAUAAUAACACGCCGAGCCAUUCACCGGCGACUCCUCAGAAUUACACCAAAGUUUUACGAACCCAAUACAAACCCGCAUGAGCACUUCAGCCCAGCCAUGGAUGCCAUGCAGGCGUUGAAUCUGGCUACCCUGAAUGUGUUCAGCGUUGGCAUUAUGGUAACUGGGGGGACGCUGUGGGCGUUCGAUAUAUCGAGCUUAGGGGAGAUGCAAGCAGCACUUAGAGGGCGUCUAGGCUACGAAAACUUCGACAAACAUGAUCAAGAUGUUACUGAAGCGCCAAGUUCGCUCGAAGAAUCAAUCUUACACAAAAGAAAAGAGGAGGCGAGAAGCAAUGGUCCAAAAACGCCGUGAUAAGAUUGGCACGACGUGUAUGAUUAUGGAUGGUUGUAAGAAUAGUGUACGUUUUUAGACGGGCUGCUUUUUUGGCACCGUUCUCGACCUCAUAUCCGGCAAGGCUUGUCAUAUGUUCUUCUUGAUUCCGACACUCGCCUCGCGAUUCUCAUGCAUCAGUUUUUCAUCAAGAGCGUAGCCAGA